AUGAGCGACGCCGAGGGCCCCGCGCCCGCGCCGGCGGCGGACGAGGAGGCCCCGGGGCUCGCCGAGGCCGCGGGCGCCCGGCUCGAGGCGCUGGCCGCGGCGGCCCAGGGCGCCGCCGUCGAGGGCGGCGAGGCCGUGCGGGCGCGGCUCGUCGGGGAGGCCGCGCCCGCCGGGCUCCCCGGGGACGAGGCGCCCGCCGACGACGACGCGGCCGUCGCCGAGGCCGCCGACGGCGGCGACGGCGGCGCGCCGGACCGGGGGUCCGCGUCCGAGAGCUGCCGCGCGGUCGGCGCCGCGAUGGUGCUCCCGCACGUCUUCGGCUGCCUCUUCUUCGUGCUCCUGCUCGUCAAGCUCCGGGACCCGCGAUCGCUCGCCUGGGCCGCCGUCUUCCUGCCGCUCCUCUGCGCGGACCUGAGCUCCUUCGCGCGGCGCGCGGACGAGACGCGCGCGGCGCUCAAGGGCCUCGACGACGCGCGGGAGACGGGCGUCAUCCCGCCCGACGCCCUCGACCAGAUGCGCGGCGGCGCCGGCGGCGCGCCCGUCGCGCCGGAGAACGCCGGCGGCGACGUCGAGGCGCCGCCGCUCGCGCCCGUCGUGGCGCCCGCGGCGGCGCGCGCGCCGCUCGCGCUGUCCGAGCCGGCCCUCGCGCCCCUCCUGCUCAACGUCCUGCGGCCCGCGGCGCACGCCGUCGACGCCGUCGGCGUCGCCGGCGCCAAGGCCGCCGUCUGCGCCUACCUCAGCGGCGCCGCGGCCGCGUGGACCGUCGAGGAGCUGUUAUUUCCGUUCUGGGCCGCGACGGUCGCGUCGUCCGCGCUCCGCGGGCUCGGCGGCAUGCUCCGGCGGGACCUGGAGCGCCGCGCGCGCCUCGCGGACCUGCGGCGCCAGCGCGGCGGCGAGCUCGACGCGCCGAGCCGGCCGCGGCGCCGCCGCCGGCCCGACGUCGCGCCCGAGCCGCGGCCCGAGCCGGCCGCGGCGGCCCCGGCGACGCCCCGCGACGGCGACGCCGCGCCGGCGGCGGCGGAGACACCCGACGACGACGACGACGACGCGUCGCGCGCGGACGACGACGAGCCCGACGCGGCCGCGAAGCGCGCCGCGGCGUUCGCGUGCGGCUUCGUCGCGCACUGCGCGUGCCGCGCGGUCCAGCCGGCGCUCGUCGCCGCGAAGCUCGACGGCGACUUGGACGCGACCUGGGGCCUCGUCUUCGCGCCGGCCUGGGGCGUGCUGGCCAUCUUCGUCGGCGUCGCGACGACGCUCUGCAACUGCGCGCCGCUCCUAAGCGCGGGCAUGCCCGCGCGCGUGCGGCGCCGCGCCGUGCGCCUCGUGAGCCUGUGCGCGGCGCAGCUGCUCGCGCUCGCGCGGCGCCUCGACGCGGACGAGGCGCACCGCGGCCGCGUCGACCGCGUCUGGGACCGGCGCGACUGCGGCGCGCUCGAGGCGGCGUCGCUCGCCGGCGACGCCUACGGCGCCCUGCCGGCGCUCAACGUGACGGCGGCCUUCGACUCGCUCUGCGGGGCGCUGGACAAGCGCGACGCGAAGUCGUCGCCGACGACGGACGCGAUCCUGCUGCCCGUCAUCUGCAUGUACGCGGCGCUCUUCGUGCUCCACCCCCUCGUCCUCCGGGACAGCAAGAAGUUCCAGCAGGUCGUCCAGAUCGUCGUCAUCGAGGCCGACGACGGCCUCGCGGAGGCGCGCGCGCAGCUCGCGCGGCAGCAAUUGCAGGGCGUCUUCGAGCUCAGCGGCGCGCCGCGGUCCAUGAUCGGCGUCGAGGACGAUUCCGUGUUGGUGGAGGCCCUGGCCAUGCCCACGCGGCUCCUCAAGCACUCGUCGACGCUCUACGCGCGCGCGGCCGUCGCGCCGCUCGACGUCGACGACGCGCUCCCUCCUCUCGGGCUCCAGCUCCCGGACCUCAAGGCCGCCGCGGCGCCCCCGGACCUCGACGACGCGCCGGAGACGCCGAGGAAGCCGCCCCGCAAGGUGCUGGAGGCGCCCGCGGCGCCGGAGGACGACGGCGCGGCCGCGGCCGGCGACGGCGGCGCCGCGCCCGAGGUCGGCGACGGCGACGACGACGACGACGCGAGCCUCGGGUCGUCGGCCUGCGAGUCGUCGAUCUUCGACGACGGCGCGCUCGACGCGGACCUCGACGCGCCGCCGCCGCGCCGCGCCGCGUCGCCCGUCAAGGACAAGCACCUCUGCUACGUCUGCUGCCUCGCGCGGCGCAACGCGGUCAUCAUGGAGUGCGGCCACGGCGGCCUCUGCUUCGAGUGCGGCAAGUCGCUCGCCCAGCGCCACCCGCGUACGUGCCAGCGUCCUGUGGCCGUGAAGAUUUUCGAGAGAUUUUAG